AUGACAGGUAAGCAGAUAUUUGAAAAGGUGAAGCAUUAUGAUGACAUCAAUGGUACCCAGAAAGGCAGUGCGUUCAAAGUCCAGUUGGAUUUUACGUGGACCAAAGAGGCGGCUGCCCUGAUGCUAUUGAUCCCCAGCGCUCAGCAGUGCAAACGCCCUUGGCUCCCACAGCAUUCUGAAUCUGCUCGCAGCCCAACCGCCUCACCGAGGAUGCUCCAUUUAAAAGUGCAGUUUUUGGAUGAUUCCCAGAAGAUUUUUGUGGUUGAUGCAAAGCUACAAAAUGAAGUUUACCCAAAGAACUCCUCUGAUGAAUUUGGUCAACUUCCUGUUAUAACAACAAACACUCAAGAGCCUCGACUGUUCAUCAAGCUCUGCUUAGACUUGGGAAGAAACAAGGAAAAGAGGCUGGUCCUUGCUAUGAAAGAAUUUUUUCAUAAGGGAGAAGGUAGACAAGCAGGGUUAGCUGUGUCCCUGGUGGAGCAAAAAUCAUCUGGAAAGGCGCUCUUCAACCUGAGCUGCAGCCAUCUCAAUCUUGCUGAAAAGGAAUAUUUUGGAUUAGAAUUCUGUAGCCAUUCUGGAAAUAAUGUUUGGUUGGAACUUCUGAAGCCCAUAACGAAGCAAGUCAAAAAUCCUAAGGAGGUUGUUUUCAAAUUUAUGGUGAAAUUUUUCCCAGUGGACCCUGGACAUCUUCGGGAAGAACUCACAAGGUAUCUUUUUACUCUUCAAAUAAAGAAGGAUUUGGCUGUGGGAAGGCUUCCAUGCAGUGACAACUGUGCCGCUUUAAUGGUGUCACACAUCUUACAAUCAGAAUUAGGGGACUUCCAUGAAGAAACCGUUAGGAAGCAUUUGGUGCAAACCCAGUACUCACCAAGCCAAGCCUGUUUAGAGAGCAAGAUCAUGCAGUUUCAUCAGCAGCAUGUGGGCCGGAGUCCAGCUGAAUCAGACAUUCUGCUACUGGACAUAGCAAGGAAGCUGGAUAUGUAUGGCAUCAGACCGCAGCCCGCCAGUGAUGGAGAAGGGAUGCAGAUUCAACUGGCUGUUGCUCACAUGGGAGUAUUGGUGUUACGGGGAAACACAAAGAUUAAUACUUUCAACUGGGCUAAGAUUCGCAAGUUGAGUUUUAAGAGAAAACAUUUUCUCAUCAAACUUCAUGCUAAUAUUUUGGUGUUGUGCAAAGACACUUUGGAGUUCACCAUGGCCAGCCGAGAUGCGUGCAAGGCUUUCUGGAAGACCUGUGUGGAGUACCAUGCUUUCUUCAGGCUCUCUGAAGAGCCCAAAUCAAAGCCCAAAACAUUACUCUGUAGCAAGGGUUCCAGUUUCCGCUACAGUGGAAGAACUCAAAGGCAACUUUUGGAAUAUGGGAAAAAGGGGAGAUUAAAGAGCCUGCCAUUUGAAAGGAAACAGUACCCCUCUCAAUAUCAUGAACGGCAGUGCAGAUCAUCACCAGACAUUCUCUCUGAUGUGUCAAAACAAGUGGAAGAUCUGAGACUUACAUAUGGCAGCAGCUACUACCGAAAUGUGAAUGGGGUGCACGCAUCGGAGCCUCUGCUAGACAGUAGGAGGAGGAACUCUGCGGUUGAAGUGACAUUUGCAGCAGAGCUGGAGCAUUCCAAACCAGAGGCAGAGGCCACCUUGCUCCAUCCAUCUCAAAGCAGUUCCUCCUUCACUUUUAUUUAUGCAGAUCCUGUCUUUAAUACUGACCCUGAGCCCAUAGAUUUCUUUGAGGAACGGAAUCCUCUAAGCUCCUUCCAAACAAACUCCAAGUUUUCGGACAGUCACACAAGCAAAGUGAGUCCAGCAAGGCAGCUAACAUAUACCGAUGUGCCCUAUAUUCCUUGUACUAGUCAGAAGGUUGAUAUUAUGCCUCCCCAAGUCUUUUUUUAUGUGGACAAGCCACCCCAGGUACCCAGGCGGUCUCUGAUCAUGGCAGAGGAAAGUAUGAGACCAGACAGCUACAUAGAUUACAGUGCAAUAAGGCCAGUCAAAAGGAGCCCAAGGAAUAUGAGGAUAAAAAGCUUACAGCAAGACCUCCAAGAACUUCAAGAAGCUAUGGCUUCAACUAGUGGUAGAAGCAAUAGCAAUGUAGAGCCAGAGGAAGAAGAUCCACAUUUAGAUGAUGCAUUUGCAUAUAACCUUCAAGAGCAAACUCCUAAACGAUCUCAAAGCCAAUCAGACAUGAAAACUAUCCGUUUUCCUUUUGGGUCAGAAUUUAGACCUUUAGGGCCGUGUCCUGCUCUGACUCGUAAAACAGAUCUGUUCACAUGUACGUUUGCAGAGCAGGAGUUUCCAACAGUUCUAAUGGAUCAGAGCUCAGCAGAAAGGUAUGUAGCUAGUGAGUCCAGUGACUCAGAAUCAGAGAUUCUUAAAACAGACUACUACUCUUUGUAUGGCAAAGGAACAAAGUCACCCAGGGCCCGAAUCCGCUUGUCUUCUGGUAGUCUGCAGCUAGAAGAAGAGGAUGAAACUAUUUCUUUUGCCACACCAGGUGCUGAAGAUAGGACUUUGCUAAAGCCAUGCAAUUAUUUCUUAGCUUAAAAGAGUGACUCUGUGAAUGUUCCUGGCCCACUUCCAUGUUACCACCUUAAGUAAGACAUAAGAAGCCUUUUUGACCCAUCAUUUCCUUAGUCAUCUUAAUUGAUGGUAAGAUGGUGUGAAAGAUCAAGCUGUAGCCUCUUUCCAUGAGCUUUCUUUUACUUCCUCCAAAAAGAUUCGGGAACACA